CUUUUUUUUUUAAAUCCUUAAAAUUGGUUUCAUAGAUUUAAGAGAAAUAUGGAAAAUCGUGAGCUCUCAACGGAUCGAGACUCGCGCUAUCAAGUUAGCCGACAAGGUUUGGCGUUCAAGAGUUGGCUUAGGUGCUCGUGCUAUAACAUUUUUACACGAGAGCUUCUACAGGAACUUCAGAAGGUUCUAGAAUCCGGACGAAUCUAGAAAGUUCUACCGGCGUGAUGGAUAACGCAGUUACUUUGAAGGAAAAAGGAAAUGCUGCUCUUCAGUCUGGGCAGUUUGAGGAAGCCAUUGACUUCUACACCGAAGCCAUCAAGCUCGAUGACAAAAACCAUGUUUUAUACAGCAACCGUUCAGCCGCUUAUGCCAAGGCUGGCAUGUAUGCAAAAGCUUUGGAUGAUGCUGAGGAGACUGUGAAGUUAAAACCAGAUUGGGGAAAAGGUUAUUCCCGAAAAGGAAGUGCACUUGCUUUCCUUGGAAGGUCUAAGGAAGCAAUAGAUGCUUAUAAAGAAGGAAUCAAGCGUGACCCAAACAACAAACAGCUUCAGGAAGGUUUAGAAGAAGUCAUGAAUUCAGCAGUCCCUCCAGAAAGUAAUUAUUUUAUUUUAACACUUGAGAACUGGAAAAAUGACAAAUUUCUUAUUGCAGGAGGGGUCCCUCCUAUGAACAACCCCUUUUCUUCUGCGGAUAUCUAUACAAAAUUGAGGGCUGAUCCAAGGACAAGAGAUUUCCUGAAUGACCCAUCAUACCUUAAGUUGCUUGAGCAAGUCAGAAAAAACCCACAGGACUUUUCGUUGCUUCUAUCUGACAAACGAUUGGUCACAACGAUGAGUGUCUUGCUCGGUAUUGAUCUUAACAUGGGCAAUGAGCCAAUGGAUGUCAACCCACCUCAACAAUCACCUCCAAAACCUGAACCUCCCAAACCAGAACCAAACCCUGAUGAUGAUCUGAGUCCUGAACAAAAAGCUGCCAAAGUAGAAAAAGAGUUAGGAAAUGAAGCUUAUAAAAAGAAAGAAUUUGAAAAAGCUCUUGAACAUUAUAAUAAGGCACGAGAAAUUAUUCCCACCGAUAUUACAUUUUACAACAACAUUGCCGCUGUUUAUUUUGAACAGAAGGAGUAUGAUAAAUGUAUAAAAGAAUGUGAAAAAGGCAUUGAAAUAGGAAGAGAAAACAGGGCUGACUUUAAAUUAAUUGCCAAAGCCUUUACCAGGAUAGGAAACGCUUAUAAAAAAAUGGAGAACUGGGCAAAAGCAAAGACCCACUACGAAAAGGCUAUGUCGGAGCAUAGAACACCAGAGGUGAAAGCACUUCUAUCAGAUGCUGAAAAGAAACUUAAAGAGGCUGAAAAAAGAGCAUAUAUUGACCCUGUUAAAGCUGAAGAAGCAAAAGAACAGGGCAAUCAACUUUUUAAAGACGGAAAUUAUGCGGAGGCAAUAAAGUUUUAUACAGAAGCAAUCAAAAGAAAUCCUGAUGAUUCAAGGUAUUACAGCAAUCGAGCUGCUUGCUACACCAAACUUGCAGCUUUCGACUUAGGAUUAAAAGACUGCGAAUCGUGUCUUACACUGGAUCCCAAAUUUAUUAAAGGUUGGAUCAGGAAGGGCAAAAUUCUUCAAGGAAUGGGGCAACACUCAAAGGCUAUCUCUGCUUACCAAAAGGCACUUGAUAUUGAUCCAGUAAAUAGUGAAGCUUUACAAGGGUAUAAACAGUGUUCAAUUGCACUGUGUUCCAAUCCAGAAGAAGUUAGAAAAUCAGCCAUGUUAGACCCUGAAAUCCAGCAGAUAUUGGGAGAUCCUGCUAUGCGUCUAAUCCUUGAACAAAUGCAGAACGACCCACAAGCUGUAAAGGACCAUCUCAAGAACCCAGAUAUUGCUGCAAAAAUGCAGAAACUCCUCGAAUCUGGACUUAUUGCGAUACAUUAAACUAAUUGUUUUUCAUUUCCAUUCCUAAUUUUCUUAUUAAUAGAGCACGAACUGAAGUGAAGAAUUUAAAUUUAUUAAAUAUAGGUUAAAUUUUAAGAUUUUUUUUAACCACUAAAAAAUGUUUUAUAUUUUAGGCAGUAAAUUUAAGGAACUCUUUAAUUAAUAAAAUACUUGUGGCUAUAAUUAUACGACCCACAAAUUACAUGCCAAUUUGUAUUUUUAAAAAACCAUGAGUUUCAAUGUAAAAAUGUUACAAGAAAAGAAUUAAUUCUUUUUCAUAUAAAUUACAAGAAUAUUUUUGCAUAUAAAGAAACUCAUGUUUCAUUUUUGUUAGAAGUUCUGAAAAUUAGUUCUGACUGAAUUUUUAUUUGCAUUGGAUCGGUGGCACUCUAUUUGUUCAACGCGAUUGGGAAUCGUGUUUGUUAACAAGUUUGCUCUUGUUUAUAACCGUACAAAGAUGUUAACUAUAUUUUAUGCUAUAAGUUAAAAAGAAAAAAACAAUUUAGCUUCAAAACAAAUGGCGCCCAUCUAAUGUAAAUCUAAUCAGCGGUUGAAUAUAGAAUGAUUAGAAUUUAGUUAGAUGCAUGAUGUAUGAAAAAUAAACCGUUAUAUUUAUGAAA